AUGGCGAAGAAACAUGGCCAGCAGGCCUCGCAGGCCUCGCAUGCGCCCAAGACCCCCUCCUUCGACGAUUUCAUCCAGGCUGAUCGCGAGAAGAGACAGAAUGAACUGCUGGCCAACCAACUCCUCGGAAAGAACAGAAUCAACAAGGGUCGCAGGGCAAGUGCGCCGGGCUCUGGCUCAGGCGUUGGCAAGGCGAAGCCGGGUAGCCUGGCCAGUCGCAUCGGACCUCCCCAGCUCAAGCGAUCCGCCUCGACCUCGCUCCAGAAAAACCAGCCCCAUCCUCAACCGAAGAACAAGCCCCAAACCAGACAAGCCCCCGCGACAGUCGCGUCGGCACGGCUACGCGAGAAGCCCGCUCGAAAGCAGAACCCGAAGAAUAAGAAAGAACACCCUCACAAGGAACGCUACGCGUCGCUCGUGGAAAAUGUCGCGAGCACAGGUUUCUCGAUCAAGGGUGCGUCGGGGCCGUUCGUGGUGGUGGGAAGCAACUUUGCGCCAGGCACGACCGCCGCUGAUAUCCAGGCUGCAUUGGGGCAGAUCACUGGCCCAAUUCUUAGCUGUCGUGUCAUCGGUCAUCACCCGGCUGUUACUGCAGAGAUUGCCUAUGCGGAGAAGGGAGCUGCGGAGAAUGCAGUUGCGAACUUUCACAAUCAAUGGGCCGACGGACGAUUGCUCGAAUUCAGGCUGAAUCAAGUUGGCGAUGCCACCCACAUCAACACCCAAAACACUUUUAACAACCUUCGAGAGCAAAACGAACUCGAACGACGCAACCGUCGAGAUGCACAAUUCCAAGACGGCAGAUACGGGUUCGGUGAAAAUGGACAACCUCUUCAGAACCCUCAGCUGACGUCUCAACUCUACAGCGACGAGAUGAUGGUAGAUCCUCCGGCGCGGGGAACCCAGAACCGGCGACGACGGAAUAUCGACUCGAAUCCAUUUCCCAGGGAAAUCAACUCUCCCAGGAAUAUUCCGUACUGUACAAUUGAAUGGCCAAAUAUCUUUGGGAAGAUUGUUGCCAUUCCAGCUGAUAGAGAUAAGAUCACGUGGGACGGAGCGGCUGAUGCCAAUUGCAACCUCCCAGACUUGAAUCCGCAAGGACUAGCCGACCUCAACAGCCGAAAGGCACCAACCAAGCUCCACCGGGCCCGCGAAAAUGAAUCCCGCGGCGAGGCGCAUCGCGUCGCAAGUUCUACGGCGAACACGCAACACACCACUCACAACCUCACGGCGAUGGAACUCGACAUCGACAUUCGAAACAAGACAAUGGUUACAGGACCGAUUCCCAUUGCAGCAUUCAUGCGCCAGGUUCUGACCUCCCCAGAAGGCGGAUACUAUACCACUAAGGAGGGCGGGAAUGUCUUCGGCAAACAUGGUGACUUUGUCACGUCGCCUGAGAUCUCUCAGGUUUUUGGCGAGCUGAUUGGUAUUUGGACGAUUGCGGAGUGGAUGGCGCAGGGAAGGACGAGGAGUGGAGUUCAGCUUAUGGAGGUUGGGCCUGGGAAGGGCACGCUUAUGGAUGAUAUGUUGCGCACAUUCCGGAACUUCAAGAGCUUCUCGUCAAGUGUGGAAGCAAUUUAUCUCGUUGAGGCUAGUCCCACUUUGAGACAGAUUCAAAAACAUACUCUUUGCGGGGAAGAGGCGGCUAUGGAAGAGACCGAUAUUGGCCACCGCAGUAUCUGCAAAUACUUUGACGUGCCAGUUAUCUGGGUCGAGGAUAUUCGUCUGCUUCCGCAUGAGGAGGGAAAGACCCCAUUCAUCUUCGCCCACGAAUUCUUCGACGCACUCCCCAUCCACGCCUUCGAAUCAGUGCCCCCAUCCCCAGAGAACGAACCCCAAACCAAGGAAAUCAUGACACCCACCGGACCUCAAAAGCUCCACGAACCACUCAAGGUCGCCAACACCCCACAAUGGCGCGAGCUGCUAGUUACCCUAAACCCUAAAGCAGUCGAGGAGAACAUCGAAGGCGAGCCCGAGUUCAAAUUAACCAAAGCCAAAGCCUCAACGCCCAACUCCCUCGUCAUCCCCGAAGCCUCAGAGCGCUACCGCGCCCUCAAGUCGCAGCCCGGCUCCACCAUCGAAGUCAGCCCAGAAAGCCGCAUCUACGCCGCGGACUUCGCCCGGCGCAUCGGCGGCGACGGUGCCCCCCCGCGAUCCGCCAAGGCUCCUGCCCCCGAAUCCGUCAAGAAGACACCCUCGGGGGCGGCUCUGAUCAUGGACUACGGAACUAUGUCGACGAUCCCUAUCAACUCGCUGCGGGGAAUCCAGAACCACAAGAAUGUCCCUCCUCUUUCGUCGCCUGGUCAGGUCGAUGUCAGUGCGGACGUCGACUUUACCUCUCUGGCCGAGGCUGCGCUAGAGGGGAGUGAGGGCGUUGAGGUUCAUGGCCCUGUUGAACAGGGUGAUUUCCUUACGGCUCUGGGGAUCGAGGAGCGGAUGCAGCAGCUUCUGAGGAAGGUUAAGGAUGAGGGGCACCGGAAGACUCUGGAGACUGGUUGGAAGCGAUUGAUUGAGAAGAGUGGUGGAUCUAUGGGUCAGAUUUAUAAGGUUAUGACUAUUAUUCCUGAGAAUGAUGGGCAGAGACGGCCUGUUGGGUUUGGAGGUGGGAUUGGGAUGCCCUAA